AUCACUCUUUUCCAGUUUCCACCAUGUUGAGCAAUGCGAGCCUCAUCUCCUGCAACUUCUCCAAGACCUUCCCAUCUUCCUCACUCAAAACCAAAACCUCAAAACCCAGAAACUCACUUCAUCUUCAACCUCAAAACCUCAAACCAACAACAUUACUUCCCAAAACAAAUUCUGGGUCUUCGACUUUCAGAAUCCACAACAACAAAGCGUCAAUCUUCUUCCCACUUGUUCAGCAAAAGGGUCGUCUUCAAAUAUGUCGUAGUGCAAAAAAAGGUCAAAACCCAGAAGACCCAGUUCUGAGUGAUGUAGAUAGCUUGAAAACCGAGGCUGGAAAAGGUGGAAAUGUUGGUGACUGGUCUGAUUGGACGACUUCAAUUUUGCUCUUUGUGCUAUGGGGUGCUCUAUUGUACUAUGUUUUCAAUCUGGCUCCCAACCAGACUCCGUCAAGGGAUGUGUAUUUCUUGAAAAAGCUCUCGAAUCUGAAGGGGGACGACGGUUUCAGAAUGAAUCAAGUGCUUGUGGCGCUAUGGUACAUAAUGGGUUUGUGGCCAUUGGUGUACAGCAACCUGCUGCUUCCGACAGGUAGAAGCUCAAAAAGCAAUGUUGCAGCCUGGCCUUUCAUCGUGCUUUCGCUCUUUGGGGGUGUGUAUGCUCUUCUACCCUAUUUUGUACUUUGGAAACCUCCACCUCCUCCUGUUGAAGAAUCUGAGCUCAGCAAAUGGCCUCUGAAUUUUCUAGAAUCAAAAUUAACAGCCGGGAUAUCACUUGCUGCAGGACUAGGUAUAUUCGUUUGCACCGGAUUAGCUAAUGGAGGCGAUUGGAAGGAGUUUUUCCAGUAUUUCAGGGAAAGCAGAUUUAUCCAUGUCACUUGCCUUGAUUUCACUCUACUAUCAGCAUUUGCUCCAUUUUGGGUUUACAAUGAUAUGACUGCGCGGAAAUGGUUUGACAAAGGGUCAUGGCUUCUACCUUUAUCAUUGGUACCGUUUGUUGGUCCGGCUUUGUAUAUUCUCCUUCGACCACCAUUGUCGACAUUGCCUGCGUCUUUGAGCAGUACACCAUCUGAACCAAAAUGAUGCUUGAAAGUCUUUUCAACGCGGUCGUUCAUACAACGAGAUUUUCAUACCUGUUCGUGGAGAUGAAGCGUAUAUUCCAUUGCCAACAUGCAUAAAGACUCAACAAUGAAUGAGAUGGUUUCGAGUCUCAACAUACAAUUGCUUAGCCUCGGAAAUCAGUUCAUCCAUCAAUGAUGCAUGCCGACGCGCUUAUAGGAGGACAAACAGUGUAUGACUUACAGAAUUAGUAGAUUUUCAUAAAAAGCUUAUAUCCCUUUGGCAUUCACAGUCCACUGGACGCUUCUAUCAUUCAUUUCUGUCCCUUCAUUGGGCAGGUCAGUUGGGAAACACGUACAUGACUAUUGCUACUAUUUCUUUGACUUUUUCUAGAAGCAAAAAAAGCUCAGUCAGUUUAUGGUUUAGCAGAGACAAGACACAAAAAAUUUAUGAAAUAGCAACUCAUCGCCAAGUCAUCGUUUCACCUAGUUCAGGCUUCAGGGCCACUGGUAGUAAUGCCUGUCUGUUUUCUUUGCAUGCAUAAGAUCGUGAGAAAA